AUGGUCCGCAUCAAACAGCGGUACCUCCUCUUCAACAUCCUGUACCCUUCCCCUCCUACAACCACCGCCGGGAGCCAACCAACCUCUCCGCCAGCUUACAUCCUCUUCUGCCGCCCCUCGCCCUCUCACCUAUCUGCGUCCCUCCUCUCCAUGGUAAUCCGCAACGAACUGCACACCCUCUUCGGCGACCACGGACUCAGCGUAACGCAGUCCGCCUUACGAGUCGUGUACUUUUCGCCUGCAACUUCGAGCGGCAUUCUGAGGGUGCCGAGGGCGCAUUUCCGUAUGGUCUGGGCGGCGCUUUCUUUCAUCACGGCAAUACCACCGGAGAGGGACCGCGGCGGUCGAGGCACGAGAGGUCCGGAGAGGCCGUGCGUGAUUCGGGUGGUCAGGGUCAGUGGGACGAUCCGGAAGAGUGAAGAGGAGUUAUUGAGACGGGCGAGAAGAGAGCUCGUUAGAGCCAAGACGGAGGGCCGAAGCAAGGAUGGCCGGGAAGACGAGGUCGCGUUGGGCAUGUUCGCUGGUGGAAGUGGAAAGGGAAAGCAGACAAGUGGACGAGCUUCACCUUUGAUGGCAACAGAAGACAAGGAUAUCAUGGAUCUCAUGGAUGAGGAGGAUGCACAAUCUACCGACAUGUCCGAUGACUGA